UGUAAAAUGGCUGACGUUCACGAUAUAAGUUUAGCUAUGUGUUUUUCUUAGUAUAUGCUGUAUUUACAAAUAUUGGAGAGCUUCGUGUGUAUAACAGUUGAGAAACUAACUAAAUGCAAAUUGUGUUUUACGGAUUUAUUAGGUUUUGGAUGCGGAUAACUGUAGAAAUCAGUUUCGUGUUGGUGAUGAGAUACCCAGCACAUGCGGGCCACGUAAUACACGGCGGCAAUCGAUUAUAGACGAGAGCAGAAGACGGCUCCAUUAGUUUGUUACCAAAACUUUAGGAGAGGAGAGAGAGACCGGCAAAAGUGGCCGGUGGCAUGAAAUCGGAUUCAAAGUCCGACGGCGGAGGUGGCGAUAUGGGAGACAGACGAGUGAGUAUCGGCGACGACGACAGGCGCGAACGAGACAGGGACCGUGACGCCAGGGACCACCGUGACUCCGGAGGAGGACUCGGCGGCCGGAGACGCGGCGAAGACAGGGGCUCGGACGGAGAUGCAUCUGGUGGUGAGGAGAGCAGCGUGUGCCGCGACUUCCUGCGUUCGAAUUGCAGGCGCGGGCGGCGCUGCCGGUAUAUCCAUCCCGAAGGGAAGGAGGGGGAAGAAGCCGACAACGGCUCCCGUCAGUUCGUCUUCUGCCGAGACUACCAGAAUUCGACCUGCCGGCGAGCAGGUUGUCGUUUUGUGCACUGUUCGCGAGAGGACGAGGCGACAUACCGAAUGACGGGUAUGCUUCCACCGCACGUGUUGGAGGCAGCUAUCAUGCAGGGCAAGACGGGCGGCUUACCUACGCUGUCACGGCCCGGGGAGGCCCCCGUGUGCCGUGAUUAUCUUAAAGGAGAGUGUCGCCGCGGACCGCAGGCCUGCCGGUUCCGUCACCUGUCUGUGCGCGAGUACCAGGAGGAGCUGGGAUACGUGAGCCAGGUGGCGGCGGCGAGCUCUCCCGCGGCGGCCGCCAUGGUCGCGGCGGCCAUGCAGCAGCAGCAGCAGCAACAGCAGCAGCAGGCGAGCACACUGCACCACCAGGCGAGUGCCACCGGGACGGCCGCUGCCGGCAACGGGACGGCGGCAGCCGCCGCUGCAGCGGCGGCGGCCGCGGCUGCCGGGGGGGUGGGGGCGAUGCAGGGCUCUGUCGCGGCUCACCCCGGCACCGUGGCCGCCAUGUCGGCGGCAGCAGCGGCUGCCGCCGCCGCGCACCACCCCGCACUCGCCGCUUACCACCACUUGGGGCAGCCGCCGCCCCCUCCGCCGUGGCAGGUGGGUGCUGUCGGCGAUAUCGCCAAUGGCACUGCGCAACACUACGCUGCCGUCGCACCCGAGCAGUACUUGAGGUUCGAUUUCCCGCCACCGAUGCAGCAGCCACCUCCGCCGCCGCCUUCACUGUGUGUCGGCUACGAGCCAGAGCCGAAGCGUAGCCGCAUGGACCACGCUGGCGCUGCUGCUGCUGCUGGCGGGGAGGCUGCCCGCAUUUAUGUGUUGGAGGAAGAGAAUGCCAUGCUCCACAAGAAGCUUGACGAUCUUAAAAAGCAGGUGCAGGACCUGACGGCGACGAACGAGUUCCUGCUGGACCAGAAUGCGCAGCUGCGCAUGGCGAGCAAGCGGCAGGUGGUGCCCGCGGUGAGCAUGACGAGCACCGUGCCCGGGGCAGGCCCCACUCUGCAGGUGCAGGCCGUGGACACUAUGGGCGCUCAGAUGCAGGUCGCGGGUGCCGCGCAGAUGGCGGCGGUGGCGGCUGUGGCGGCCGGCGCUCUGAGGUCGUCGGCGGUGCCCGUAUCGGUGGCGGGCAUGGCGGUGCCCGUGUCCUUAGCUGCCAGCAUCGGCGUGGCUCCCGUGCAGAUCCCGCAGUCGGACCGUUCUGGUAAACCCACAUCCCAUCUCUAGUACUGGUCUGGUUGAGUGGUUACAGCCCCAGAUUCUUCUUUGACAAAGGUGGUGUCGAUGGCGCAGCCGCAGCCGGCACCUCCGGCCCCCGCCGGACAGCCCGGGGCAGGUGCACAGCCGCAGCCGCCACCACCGCCGGGAGCCCCCGCCCCGCAGCCGCAGGCACCACCUCCGCCCCCGCAGACACCCGCCAUGUCGAUGGCCGCUGCCGGGGCUGCGGCGAGUGCCCCGCUGGUUUCGUACCCGAUGGUGGGGCAGGACCUGCGCCCCGUGCUGCCGACUGGCCUCUCCCACUGAGGGGGUCUACUUGACACUGUGAACUGAAAUUCCAUCACGACUCUAGUGCAAUUUUUAUGUGCUGAUUUUGUGUGUUGAUUUCUUUUUGGUUAAGAAAUCUUUUACUGAAAUUCUGAUUGGAGAUAGUCAAACCUAUGAAAUAGUUUUUCCAGUAAAUUUUGCCAAGUGUCAUUUUCCACAGAGAAAGCAAUUGGACAAAUAUUUGUACCUGGCAGUUUGCUGCGGCAACGGUUAAGGUGUCCAAAAUGUGUACAGUGAUAUAAUGUAUGCUGUGACUUUGUAUUGUGCGGUGGAUCUGAAAGCGGCUUGCUCUGAGCACUAUUUGACCCUACCUUUUACGAUUGUCGUAAAGCACGUACUCUGUCUUGUAUCUGAGUUUUCUCCGUCAUAUGUACAGUUUACUUACCUAUUUCCGUUGGCUAUUCUGUGUUUUAGUCAUUUCAGUAGCUGACUCGAAGAGCUGUAGGUAGCUGUGUAAUGACUACUGGUGUGUAUAAGUAUUUUGGUGAUUGGUCUUUUUCACGUAGAAAUCUGUUUUCUAAUUGUGAAACAACUAUUGUCAAUUAAACAGAAAAUGUAUAAUUUACUUUUAUUGAUUUUUGUAAAUACAAAUUUGGUGUGUUAUAGUUAUGGAACGUGUAAUGUGAAACUGAAUAUUGUUACAUAAAAUCAAGUUUUUGAUUUUCCAAAUAUUGCAAAAGAUUCCACCUGCAGAAAGAAUUUCUGCUCUCGAAUUUAAAAAUUUAAUCACAUGUAACUGAAUUGGACAUCAGUCCCGUACAGCUCUGCAUUGUAAGUAAAGUAGCACAAUAGCAUAACUUCCGAUGUGUUACUUUGAAUUUAAUUACAGGAAAAGAAUUUCUUGUUGUGAAUUGAAAUAUUGUCUUUUGAGCUAGGGAGCCUGGCACGAGAUUGUACAAGAUUGUGAAAUCUUUGAUGUCAGAUUUGGCAAUUACAAAAAAUGCGUAUUAUGUAUGUGAAAUAAUUACAGAAAAUGGAGCUAAGAGUAAGAAAGAUGACUAGAUGCUAAGCACUUGCGAAUUAACAUGUACAAAAGAAUAAAGACUACAAUGUUAUCAGUCCCUUCAUCUUUGUCUGGAAAGAGUGUGACUGAAUGGAAUGAGACUUAUGGACACACAGUGGUCUCACAUUAGCCUUAAAAUUCUCUCUCAAUCCCAUCUGUGGCAGCAAAUCAGUCCCAGUUUCCGAUAGAUUCUGUUAUGUUCCUAUUUGAUUCUGGAGGCUGUCAUUUUUCUGAAAAUUCAGAACUGCGCACAUAAUACAAGAAACACGUAUUCACUGAUUCUACCAGUAUUUCUGCAUUUGUUUUCUAGUUAUAUCACUGAUAGCGGUAUUCUGUUUACACUUACAUUUUUCUGCUGUGUGUUGAAUGAAAAAUGGAUGUGGCUUCACAUGAGUAUAUGCUCAGCUCACUUCCAGUACUGCAAAGUUCCAUGCUAUUAAGGAAGUUGCCAGUGAUUAAAAUUGGUAUUACCACAGAUGUUUUUGAUUUUGAAGAAUAUUUCAUAUUUGUUGUAUUUGAUUCAAUAUUUUGAGAGGUCUGUUUAAAGGAAAUGGGACCGGUUCUUAACACCGGUUAAGAACUUGCUCAUAUGAAAAACGUGUGGACGUUGUCUUUGCUGUGCGAAGUCUUGGGCUAGGCAGACAGUUUCAGGUUGUAAGUCUGCUUGUGACAGAAGCUAUGUAACUUAGUUUGUAGGUAACAUUUUUCAUAUUAUACACAGAAGAAAACUGUUCUUUCUUUUUUAAAUUUAUUUUUAACAGUGCAUCACAAACUGUUAAUUGUUCUAAUUAAUCACACCAAAAGCAGCUUUUCAGUGGUUUAGGAAAUUUAUAUGACACAGGAAGAGUCUUUUAGGUUUUUCCCACUAAGAAAUAUCAUUAAUCUGAGUGCUUCAUCGAAAGAAAUACAUUUGUUAGUGAUGUUGUCACUGUGAGGAAUUUUCCCAUGCAGCUGACACAGAGAACAGGGUUCCCAGAUUGGCAAUCUGGUUGGUUCACAGCAAGAAACAUGUACGGGAUUGAACAGGAAAGACAGUAUCAAAUUGUGUGUUUGAUGGUUUGUUGCAAUUGAUCUGUUGAUAUAUUUGAAACCUUAAAGUUCUAGAGCUAUUGCUCUUAAGAGAGUUGACUAUCUCUGUGUCACUCUGUGUACCCAUUUGCGAUCAUCAGAUGAAAGAUAGAGGAAGAGGUAUUUUGCAGUGAAAUGUAGUUGAGAGCUUUGGUGGGUUUUGUUGAAACAAAUUUUAUUUUCGUCACUGUGAAAUGAUUUUGUUGUAGAAGAACUGUUUUAUUGAAUAGUCUUUAUAAUGUACAUAAGUUUCUACAAGCACUAAUUGUGGAGUAUAUUUUAAUUUUGUACUGAUAUUGUAUUCCAUGCACUGUCCUCUGAAAUAUGUAUUAUGAUUUAACUUUUGUUGAAGUUGUGUUUUUAUUUUCAUUUGUCAUACAUAAUGGUUUUUAUUGGUCUUACAUGUAUUUGUACAUACAUUUUACAUUGUGGUUGACUAUAUUGCACACGAGAGCUGUGGAAGGUGACACAGUAUUGGACACUUUACUUUCCUUUACUGUUAUUAACUGUCUGCUACAGAAUUUUGGAAUAAGUUUUUUUCUAUUUCUUAUAAGAAAGUCUCAUUUAUACAGUGUUUUUCUCAGGUGGAACUGUUCCUUUUGUGAUCCAUUUUGUGCGUAUGCCCUCCAUCAUGUCCCAGUGCUAUUUCUGGGAUCUUAAUUUGUACAGGAAUACAGAUAUAAGAAUUUUUUUUUGAGAAUUCUCUUUUUGCUAGCUGUUUGAAUCAUCCAGUGUCAUAACUGUCAAAUUUACACAUGGCAGUAUAUAUAGGGAUUCCAUUUGAUGCUGCAAAUAAUGUUCUGUAGUUCUGUGGUUUGGCACAGUAUGUUAUGUAAAUAAUUCUUAAUAAAAAUGAAAUUGUGGUAAAAUGGUUGGAACAUAUUUGAUGUGCAGUGCAUAUUUAUUGCUCUCUCUGCAGUAUAAUUUCCCCUCCUCUUAUAGGCAUGGUUUCAUUUAGUGCCCUCUAUGUGAUAGUUUUGUAUUGUUUCUUAGAAACUGCUAGGAAAAUUUGAUAAGAGGUCAUAGAUAUAUUUUAUUGUACAUUUGUGUAUGACAAUCUCUGUAACACUUUGAAUGACUAUUAACAGAUUAACAACUGCGUGUGAUAUAACAAAAAUAUAAAUAGUAAGUAAAUGUAGAAAGUAACUGUCCAGUGAGUGUUUCAAGCACAUUUUUGGACUCUGCUGCUCUGUCUUUACUGUGUUGGUGUUACAGAAUGUCUGAAGAAAGUAGAUACCAUUUCCAAUUAAAGUGUAAUAAGAUCUUUCAACUGUAAUCAGAUCUGGAGAAGGGCGAGUGCAGUUUCCCCAGUGUCACAUUUUUUUCAAACUCUGUGUUCACAUUAAUAAAGCUAAAAGAAAAACGAAAACUGAUAAAAGAAGAUGGGGAUAGAUGUUAGGAAGGGAGGGGUGAAUAUUCAUUUGUUCUUGGUGAAAUGGAUUCUCUGUACUUGAAAAACUGAUAAUAAUAAAGUCUGUCUGUAUUCUAAAAAAUCCAGUUUUUAAAUAUGUUGUCUAUGUAAUUUCCUGUCAUCAUUUUUAUAAACGCUCAGUUAAAUACAAAAUGUAACAACUGUUGCUGCAAGCCCUUAGAAGUUAUGUAUCUUUUAAUUAUGCCAACACAGAUAAGCCUCUACGGUCUCCAGUUAUGAAAAGAGAACUAGUCUCUCUUUUUGACUGUUAAAAUAGAGGCAUGUAAUGUGAGACAUGCCACUGGAGGCAGCUCUGUCAUUAAUCUCAACAGUUCUGUUCAGAAUACUGACAGAAGAGAGAGACUUUUCAUGUAAUAAUAUUUUGUGUGUGUGUGUGUGUGUGUGUGUGUGUGUGUGUGUGUGUGUGUGUGUGUGUGUGUGUGUGUGUUUGUGUGUGUGUGUGGUUUUGCAGUAUCAGGGUUCUUAAUAAGAUUAGCUUAGAAUUAUGGAAAUUUAAAGUUAAAUAUAUGACAUUCUGGGAUGUACAUGUUUUGCUUCUUUGCUUUUCUUGUCUCAUGUGUGUUAAAAAGUAGAGAUUCAAUUAUGCAUCAUUGCUGUAACCAAGUAUAAUAAACAUAAUUUUACGUUC